AUGACCAUCCCGCACUACACCCCGCCAACCGGGCCAACGCUGCUACCCGCGUCGGUAGCCGCAAUGGUGUCGCUAUUCUCGAAGUCCACCAGCAUCUCGAUACGCAUCGGCUCGAAGGUCGGCGCGACGCUGUUGGACACCGCGCGCUCGGGCACAAUGACAUCAUUGGAGCUGUCGCGGGCCGCCGUUGAGGGCAUUGUGCGCCGGGGACAGAAGGGAGUGGUUGUGCGCCGCGGACGCGAAGCAGAGGUCGAGGGCUGGGCAACGAAAGGAUUGACGGCCUUCAACACGUCCAUCUCGCUGACGGAGCUGAUCCUGUCCACGGCCUUCGAGCUCGGCCAGACCACGCUGUCGAGCGUCUCCGCCCUCGCCGAGACAUACGUUCUCACCCUCGACUCAAUCUUUGGCUCCACCGAGACGUCCCGCGCAAUCUCCGAGAUCAUCAAGCUGGUGACCGAGGAGUUCAAGGACUCGUCUGAGCACGAUGGCGAAGUCGGCAUGCGGGACAUCGUGGCGGGGUUGACAUGCUUCGCGAUCCUGCAGUACCGUACGCACGCGCGCCUGGACGCGGAGGCCGUAACCGGCGGCCGGUUGAUGUGGGAUGUGGUGGUUGAUGCGACUCCGCCGGUUUCUGCUACAGCGGAGCCCACGGAGCUGGAUCGCAGGGACGCCGCCGGUGACUUCGGCAUGGAUCGACGCGGGUCGGACGAUAACCUCCUGCCGUCAAUGCUGUUCGAUAAGUUUCCGCCCAACGCGGAGAUUACGGUGUCGACCACGUCGAAUACUACCUCCACCACCACCAUCGAGGUGGUUGGCACGAGUCCGCCGGAUUUCACACCCCCGCCCGGCGCUGUGAUACUGAGUGAGAGCUCGCAGAACGACGGGAAGCAAAGGUAUAAAAUCGUCUACGAGACGGUCACACGGAACGAGCAGAGCAAGCGGCUGAGGAGGGAGGAUGGUGGCGAGCUGGAAAUGGUGGAUGUGCCGGCACCGGCGGGAGAGGAUGCCAGGAUUGCCGACGAGCAGCGUGUAAUCGAGAUAGAGAACACGGCGAAUGAUGAAAAGACGAAGAUGGCGCCGAAGAAGGAUACUUUGGGUAAACAUGAGAGGAGCAGACGGAGAGACAUGAAGGCGGAGGACAAGGCCCCACUGUCAGACUCUGAUACGGAUCGACCGCCUCCGGUUCCUAAGAAGACCAGGGUUUCGUCGCCGUCGGCCCUUCCACGGCCGGCUGCUGCAAACCAGCCAAAGAAAAGGGCCAAUUCACUGCCGUCGGUGGAGAAGGAGAAGAAGAAAGAGAAGGCACGGGAAAGGGAGAGGGAGAGGGAAAGGGAAAGGGAAAGGGAGCGGGAGAAGGAGAAGGAAAGGGCGAAAGAAAAGGGGUUCGGCGGCGCCCUUAGGAAAGCGUUCUCUCCUCCUGUCUUUCACAGCACCCCGAGCCCGAACAAAGAGAACAAGAACAGCGAGAAACAUAGUAUGCAACGCUCAAUUUCUGCAAUCAACGUCUUGACGCCCCCCCAGACAUCACCGACCAAGGUACACAGUCGGCGGUCAUCCAUCACUUCGCGUCCUACCUCCCCCGACGCACGCUACAGUCCGUCCGCACGACACCACUACCGCCGUGGAUCUUUCACUUCCACGACGACCACCCAUCAUGAGCCUUUUGUCAGCAUCCACUCUCUACACUCACCCCGGCGGGAACUGCCGCCACGACCGAGCAGCGCUAUUUCCAUGACGUCGUACGACGGCGACAUGUAUUCAUCCCCGCACAAACAGUAUGUGCCGUCGGUCUACACGCUUCAUACUUCUCACUCGUCCACCUCACUGCACCUCCUGUACACUCCGCCCACUACCGAACACCCGGGCCCAUUCUACCCCUCAUCUUGCCAUCUGUUGCACAACCUUAGAAAGUACAUUCGUUUCGCUGCCGCUUCGUACGGUGUGCAAUUCAUGCGGCUCCUCCUGGGCUCUCAGUUUUUGGCGCCCACUGAGCGCAAUCACCAUCUAGAGCACCAGGCAUUCAGUUUCCACACCUCGCUCCCGGUGGACACUAUCCUGCUAUCAUCGCACUAUGACCCCAGCGGUGGAUUCGACUCCGCUGGUCACACAGGUACUGGUCGGCCACUGGUCCAUUUUAUGUGCGUAGACCACGAAGCCGCGGCAAUUGUCGUCACGUGCCGUGGUACACUCGGACUCGAAGACGUUCUGACCGAUCUCACAUGUGAAUACACCACCAUAUCAAUACGUGGCAGCAACUAUCGCGUCCAUAAGGGCAUGUACAACUCCGCGGUCCUCCUCCUGCGCUCGCGCCUCCUCGGAUCACUCGCAACCACUCUAGCCAACUACCCCGACUACGGCCUGGUUCUAACUGGGCACUCACUCGGCGCCGGUGUCGCAGCGCUAGUCAGCAUACUGAUCUCCUCGCCGGACGACUCGGCGGUAUUCACGACGGCGCACGACUCGCUCCCGCAAGGCCGGCCGAUCCACUGCUACGCCUUCGGCUCACCGGCGAUCGUGUGCGAGCGCCUGCGCAAAGCUACACGGGGGCUGGUCACGACCGUCGUAAACGGCAACGACGUGGUGCCCAGCCUCUCGAUCGGCGUAAUCCGCGAUUUCCACAGCGUCGCGCUAAGUUUCCGCGAAGACACGGGCGGCGUGCUCGCCGAGAUCCGCCGGCGCUUCCUUGCAGGCCUCUGGUACGGCAACAAUAACAGCGAGGAGUGGAGCUGGGAGGUCGCCGUGCUCAAGACUCUGCGUGCCGGAAUGACCGCGGAGAAACUUGUCCCGCCCGGUGAGGUCUGGAGGGUCGCCGCGACGGAUCCGGAUACCGCCGGGAAGAAGCGCGUCAGAGCGUGGGUGGUUGAGGAUGUCGAGAAUCGGUUUGGUGAGGUCACUUUUGCCAAACGAUGCUUUGGCGAUCACUCGCCCGGCGCGUAUGAGGAGACCCUCGAGGCGCUGAGGAGGGGCGUGGUCGGGUAGUGGGGUGGUGUUUUCCGUUUUUCUUUCGCUUUCGCUUUCGCGUCUGGUUUUUUCUUUUCUUUUCUUUUCGUUUAGGU